AUGGCUGGCCGCUCACCCUAUGGCCAAGCGUGUUUAGGCUGUUUCAAGACUAAAUGCAAGUGUAUUCCUCGUCCCGAUGGCAAUGGAUGCGAAAGGUGCCACCGUCUCAAGCGGCCAUGCAAUCCUGCCGAUGUGUCACGUCGUCGCAGCGAUAAAAAGCAAAACUCGCCAGAUGCCCGUAUUGCGAAACUUGAGGGCACACUCGGCCAGCUUGUCUCGCUGCUUCAGGCGGGAAACAUCAACGUGGGCACCAUGAACAAUGUCCACAUCGACAGAGUUAAUUACCAGCCACCCCCUCCCAUUAUUCCAUACCCAGACGAGGUUACAGAAGGGACCGAAGGGAGCGGGACUAUGGAGGACUCGCGUGCCGCUCUUAUCCACGAAGACGACGACGAUACUGAUAUAAACGCAGUAGGUGCCUCGGCUUCUUGGUGGACGACGGAGAAUGUGAACGAGUUCAGCACCAACGGCACCCCUCUCGCCAACCUUCCGUCCUCGACCAUGUCGGGCGCGUUUAUGUCGCCCCCUGUAUCUCCGUCCUCUGCAUCGAUCUCUCUUGACACCUUCAGAUCGCGUAUGUUGCAUCACUUCCCCUUUGUUCAUUUGCCUGCCCACCUCGCGGCCGAGCAGCUGCAGCUAGACCGACCAUUCCUGUUCCGCGCCAUUGUUUGUGUGACAUCAGCAUCGGCUGAAGAGAAAAUGGCAAGCUCCCUCGAGCUGAAGCGUGUCCUUUGCGAGGCAGUGUUCCUUCAACAGUCACCGCAGCAGAAACAGCAGCAACCACAGCAAACAGUCGACCUGCUGCUAGGUCUCCUUGUGUACAUCGCGUGGAGCUGGGAGCAUCUGCGUAGCCGUCGCAGUCUGUCUCGACUCAUGGUGGUGGCUAUAUCGUUGGUUGGGGAUUUGCUUUUUCUGGAUCAAGUCGUACCAGAGAUAACGCGCACAAUCCACCACCUCGAACCGCAAAGCGGCUUUAACAAUGUGUGCGGAAACACGACGGCGACUACGACUACGGGUGCUGGGGUAACUGAUACCCAGCUUCACCUAGAGCGUCAGCGAGCUAUUUUAGGCUGCUUUGUGCUUGGGUCGGCUGUCUCAGCCUACUUCUCCCAGAUCGAUGCACCGCGAUGGACACCUCAGAUGGACGAGGGCCUUGCUGCCAUUAUUGCCAACGGAAACAGUGCCAGCGCAGAAUGUCCAUCUGAUGCUGCCCUGGCUAUUCAGGUCCGCCUGCAGCUGCUCGCUAUGAAGGCCGCUCAAGUCCGGGAGCGAGCCCAACUCCCCGACCACCCUCCGCCGGAGACUCUUUCGCAUCAAGCUCUCUUGUAUAUCAAGGUGCUGAUGGGGCAGCUACAAGAGCUCAGGGCGACUGUUCCUCCGGCAUUCCAGCAGGACUUUGUCCUCCUCGCUCAGACAUACUACACAGAGAUGUGUAUUGUCGAGACCAUCUACAACCAGGAGCCCACUCGCUCGUCACAGCCAACAUGUGGGCCUACGCGAAUCUCUUGUUUUUGGCAGUCGGCACUGGCGAUUAAGUCGUGCACGUCAACCUUUCUGACCUUCUCGCCGUCUGGACUCCUCGGUGUCUCUUUCAUUCAGUGGGCUCAGCUGGCACGGUGUGUGGCCACCCUGCACCAAAUCAGCACGCUGCAGGAGCCUGGCUGGGAUCUAGCCACUGUGCACAGACUCAUCGACCUGCCUGUUCUGCUAUCCUGCACAGCAGACAAGCUAGAGCUCGCUGCUGCUGAAGCUGGCGAGCAGCGGGCGUCAGCCGACGGUGUAUUCACGCAAUUAGCCCGCGGCCUACGCAUGUUCCAGUCGGCAUAUCACGAUAUAGGACAGCUGACUGAACACGGAGAGGCAUAUAAAGCAAAAGAAGAAGGAAAUAGGGCUGGGUCCAGAGCGAAUGCGGAUACGGCUACAAUUGCGAUUACAGAAGAAGAUACAGAUACGUUGACAUAUGGCCAACAUCCAGGAUACUUGAUGAGUCCCACAUUAUGGCUGGAUCAGUUUUUUGACUUUCAAGAUUAG